AUGGUCGGUCAAGUAACUGAACGAGACCUUUCGUCAAAAUUGGCAGAGAUCCAGUUUGCAAUCGAUGAUUUGACUACUGGUGUCAAUACAUGGUAUACGCUUCUUUGCCAUUUGCUGCAAAUUGUUCCUAUUCUUGAAACUGCUUCUAUCGACGAAAAGAACGAGUACGAGCAACUACUUUCCACGAGACUUGGCAAAAUAAUUGAUAUUAUUUGCUUGUUUGUUCUGGAUGAAGCUCCUCUAGAAUUGACUCUAGUUCUCACCGAUGUCUUCCUUCAAAUCAAGUUUGUGUUGCAAGAUCAAGCUGCUAAAAUUCUGUCUCAAAAGGAAACAUUGAUCAACCUCAAGGCAACAUUAGACUUGGAAAUAGAGUCAGAGGCUUACAAUACCCUCAAGGGAGCCGUCAAUUCCCUCACAUCUUGCUUGGAAACUGAGGUUCCAAGAUUGUUAAUUUCGCAGCCAUCGACGGUGUUUUCCACUUUUGCAACCACUAACGAAAAUGACUCCAGAGUGGUUAGACCUAGAAAGAGAUUCUACCGGGACUUAACACCACAUGCAAUUUCGAGUUUGGGUCCCAAUUCUGAAACAGUAAUUUGUUCGCCAAAACGGCAGCGAUGUGCGACUCGAAGCGACUUUCGGUAUCACAGCAUCGAUGUUUCGCUAGUGCCUUCAUGGAUGGAUAGAUUAUUUUCGGGUGGUGUAGAGCCAGAGCCAGAACCGCGGUCUUCAAGAAGGGACCAUUUUAUGAACAGAGUGAAACGGUUUUUUGACUUUUUCAGAGAGCCUACAUCUGGGUGUAGAAAGUGUAUAUUUCUACCAUGGCAUCGUUUCUUUCACAAGACCUAA